CAAAGGUGGUUGAUCUGCCUAUAGUCCUUCACAACUGGCAACUCAUUCUUGAUAAUCUCCUGUCCCAGCUUAAAGGCUUUCCACGAUUAUGGAAAUACUGGUUUUGGAGCGUUUCAAAUCUGUGUUUGCUAUCUGCAAAGCGAUUUUCUGGACAUGGACGUUUUUCGAUGAACACUAUGUCCUACAGAGUCGGAGGAAACACUCUCAAAGUUCCAGCAAAGCUCUUCGCUGAGAAUAGGUCCCGCCUCGUGGCUGCAUUGAAGGGAAAAGCACAACCCGGUAGUGUUGUCCUGCUACAAGGUGGAACAGAGAAAAACCGGUACAAUACAGAUGCAGAGGACUUACCCUUCAGACAGGAGUCUUACUUCUUCUGGGCAUUCGGUGUUCAUGAGAGCGAGUUUUUCGGUACGAUAGACGUCGAAUCUGGGAAAUCUUGCUUGUUUGCCCCUACACUGGAUCCUUCUUAUGCUAUCUGGGAUGGGAAGAUAAACAAUGCGGACUAUUUCAAAACCAAAUACGAGGUAGAUCAAGUAGUUUUUAACGGGGAGCAUGUCAUAUCUGAUUAUCUCAGCAAUCACAAUGCGAAGAAUCUUUUGUUACUUAGGGCUGAAAAUUCCGACAGCGGGGUUGUCCUAGAGCCUCCUACAUUCGCUGGCAAGGAAAAGUUUAACGUCGACGUAAAGUUGCUAUACCCUACAAUGGCCGAACUACGUGUCUUCAAAACAGAUAAAGAGUUGGAGGUGAUGAGAUACGCUUGUAAGAUCGCAUCAGAAGCUCAUAAGGCAACAAUGAAGGCCAUUCGUGCCGGGUUGUAUGAAUAUCAAAUGGAAAGUGUCUUCCGUCAUACAUCCUAUUACCAUGGUGGAUGUCGCCAUCUUGCGUACACCUGCAUUGCGGCAAGCGGUGCAAAUGGCUCAAUUCUUCAUUAUGGGCAUGCCAAUGCGCCGAAUGAUAAGCAAAUCAAAGACGGUGAUAUGUGUCUUUUUGAUAUGGGACCUGAGUAUGCAUGCUAUGCCUCUGAUGUCACAACAUCAUUUCCUGCUAAUGGGAAGUUCACAGAUAAGCAAAAGAUAGUUUAUAAUGCCGUACUUGAUGCGAAUCGUUCCGUAUUCAAAGCAGCAAAGCCAGGCGUACGCUGGACCGAUAUGCACAUGCUCGCUGAAAAAGUCAUUCUAACACAUUUGAAGAAUGCAGGGCUACUUACAGGAGACGUAGAUGCUAUGCUUGCUGCUCGAAUAGGAGCGGUAUUCAUGCCUCAUGGGCUUGGUCAUUUCCUUGGUCUUGAUGUGCAUGACUGUGGAGGUUACCUAGGGGAUGCUACACCACGUUCAAAACUUCCGGGACUGAGCUCUCUGCGAGUGACUCGAACUCUAAAGGAGAGAAUGGUCAUAACAAUUGAACCAGGUUGUUAUUUCAUUGACACCCUACUUGAUGCCGCUUUCAACAAUCCCGAGCAAGCCAAGUUCCUCGUAAAAGAUGAAAUCAACAAGUACCGGGGACAGGGUGGGGUGCGCAUAGAAGACGAUGUAGUGAUUUGGGAGAAGGGCACUGAAAAUAUGACCUUUGUUCCUCGAACUGUAGAAGAAAUUGAACACUUCAUGGCGUCUGAAGUGUUGAACGACUCCACCAUAUCCAAGAGCGUAUCCGAUCAUCUCAGCAAACACUAACUUGGAAACUACCGGACAUUACUUACCGAAUUCUGCUAAUAUUUGUAUUGUAAACAUGGUUUUUGCAAUAAUUUUGAAGUCUACUUUGGUCACUUGUGCCUCCAGAUGUCUGUGAUAAAGCUUUGUUGUAUUGAUACAAU